GAAGCAGAGCUCUAUAUUUCUUCCAUUUACCUUUUCUCAAUUCUUGACUCCAAGAAACAAAAAAAGGAGAAAACAAGAGAAUCAAAUUCAUCUUAUUUUACGUUAUGGCGAGUGAGACAGACGACAUCAAGUACGAAGAGAGUUUCAUAAGGAACAGUCGAGGAUUGAAGUUGUUCACGUGCAAAUGGCUACCAACAAACCAAGAGCCAAGGGCUAUAGUUUUCCUUUGCCAUGGAUACGGCAUGGAAUGCAGCAUCACCAUGAACAGUACUGCGAGGAGGAUUGUGAAGGCUGGAUUUGGGGUAUAUGGAAUGGAUUAUGAAGGACAUGGCAAAUCCGAUUGCCUUAGCGGUUAUAUCCCAAACUUUGACCACCUCGUUGAUGAUGUCUCAACUCACUAUACAACUAUUUGCGAGAGGGAAGAGAACAAAGGGAAGAUGCGGUUUAUGUUAGGAGAGUCAAUGGGAGGAGCAGUGGUUUUGUUGCUAAGCAGGAAGAAACCUGAGUUUUGGGAUGGAGCUCUCUUGGUCGCUCCAAUGUGUAAGAUUGCAGAAGAAAUGAAGCCAAGUCCUUUUGUUAUUUCGAUAUUAACGAAGCUUAUUUCGGUUAUACCCAAAUGGAAAAUCAUUCCUACUCAAGAUAUCAUUGAUAUUUCAUAUAAAGAGCCAGAAAUCAGAAAACAGGUUAGAGAAAAUCCUUUAUGUUACAAAGGAAGACCACGCUUGAAAACUGCGUAUGAGCUCUUACGGAUCAGCAUCGACUUGGAGAAGAGACUUCAAGAGGUUUUAUUACCGUUUAUGGUAUUGCACGGAGAUGAUGAUAAAGUAACAGAUAAAGCAGUGAGCCAAGAACUAUACAGGGUUGCGGUGAGUUCGGACAAGACCUUAAAGUUGUACUCUGGGAUGUGGCACGGUUUGCUCAAUGGCGAGACACAAGAGAACAUUGAGAUUGUCUUUGCUGACGUUAUCGGAUGGUUGGAAAAAAGAACUGAACUUGGAAAUGACAGGUUUGAGUCGGAGCUUAAACAUAACAAUGAUGGUUUUCAUUUGAAGGAAUAGUCCUUUAACUUACUACAAUAGUGUUUGACUUGACACAUGAAAUUGUUGUGGUGAAGUGGUGUUUUGCAUUUUGAUUUUUUUUUGUGUGCUGCUAUUGUGUAUA